AUGAAGCCCCUCCGCUUGCUGAAACAACUCAUCCCCCCUCUCACGUUCCUCAUCGUUCUCGCAGUGUCGACGGUUGUUUUCGCGAAGCUACGCAUUCUGAUCAACGAGACCGAGCUCCGUGUAGACUCGGAGAUCGACGUCUACAGCGAUACAUUCUACGCCGCCAUUGAGAAGUCCGGCAAAGCUCUGCUCCCAGGGAACGAGACCACGGCCACAUUAGCGACGUCGCUCGCCUCGAAUUUCAAUGGCUCACUCCCCACAUUCUCCACUAUCAUGACUAAGGUGGCGCCGACGUUAUUCAUGGCCGUUUCCGCCAUACCAAAACUAUCCCAAGCUUCCUUCGCGAGCCGCGACGGCCUCUUCCUCUCCGUCUACAGAGAAGACAAUGACAGAAUUUUCCUGGUCUACUCGAACGCCUCCUUCUCGCCCACCUGGUUCACCCAACCGGUCAACCACGACACGGGCGAACCGUACGGGGUCGCGGUGGUCUCCAAAGCAAUGCUGACCCCGAACACUGAGUGGUUUCGCGCCGGGCUCGACGGCGACGGCGUAGUUUCGUCGAUGGGCCGGAGCUGGAAGGACGACCACGAGGGGAUGCUGCUCAGCACCGUGUCGGUCCACGGGAAAGGCGUCAUUUCGCUCGGGUUCGCGACGGAGACCAUCGUCGACCACUUCACGUCGCUGAAUUCCCGCGGUCUGUAUCUACAAUUGGCGACCCAGGAAGGGGAGGUGGUCGUCCAGCCGGCGGCGGAGGCUGCGGUGGUGAUCGAGCGGUUUAGCAACGGGGUGUUGACGGUGAGGAAUGGGGUGAAUGGGGAAAUUGGGAACUUGAGCUGCGACACCGCCGGGACGGUUGCUAGGUCGCCGGCGGGGACGGUUGCGGGGAUCGAAGGGUCGUUUUACUGCUCCACUCUGAUCAUUGGCGGCGUCAAUAUGGUUUACGUGCUGGCAUAUCCUGGAAGUGGAUUGAUGAGCCUGGUAGUAAGAAUCACCAAGGCUUCCAUCAUUCUAGUCGGCGUUCUAUUCAGCAUGGUGGUUCUGUCACUUGCUCUGUUCCUGUGGAUGGCAACCAGAGCAACGAAGAGGGAGCUAUACCUCUGCGCUUCAUUGAUCAAGCAAACAGAGGCCACACGGCAAGCCGAGCGCAAGAGCAUGAACAAGACGAGGAUUUUCGCAGGGAUCAGCCACGAUGUCCGCAACUCUCUGGCUCAGCUCGUUGCAUUAGUCCAAUUCUGUCAAGAAGACACCACCAAUCCGGAUGCUAGUAAGGUUGCAGGGGAUCUCCAAAAGGUCGAGAAUUGCGCUCGCGACGCUGUUGGAAUGCUGGAGUCGGUUCUGGACAUCAACAAGCUGGAAGCGGGGAAGCUGGAACUGAGAAACGAGGACUUCAACUUGGGCAACCUCGUGGAGGAGCUCGUCGACAGGUUCUACCACUUGGGGAUCAAGAAAGGGGUCGACGUCGUGUUCGACCCCUCGGAUGCCUUCAUCCACAAGUCACCUCACGUGCACGGCGACCAGACCAGGGUGAGGCAGAUACUGUCCAACUUGUUGAGCAACGCCAUCAAGUUCACCUCGGAGGGCCACGUGAAGGUCCGCGCCUCGGUGAAGAGGAGGAACCUGAGGAAGGACAUCAUCGCCUCCAACAGGACGUUCGCGUUCGGGUCGCUGCUGAGCUCCUGCUGCUGGGACAGGUGCGGCGUGAACGGCGAGAGCGAGCUCGAUACCCUGCAGAUGGCGGAGGCAGAGGAUCCGAACGAGGUGGAGUUCGAGUUCGAGGUGGACGAUACCGGGAAAGGGAUCCCCAAGACUGAAUGGAAGUCUGUGUUUGAGGACUACGUUCAGGCUACCAAUAACAACUCUGCUUCUCAUUCUGGUGGGUUCGGAUUGGGGCUUGGCAACGUCCAAUCUUUGGUGAGAUUAAUGAAAGGAGAAUUGCAAAUUGUAGAGAAGAAGGAAGGGGAGAAAGGGACUUGUUUCAGAUUCAAUGUCUUCCUCUGCACAUCCACCCUUACGACAGAAGGCCAUCAACAACAACAACAACAGAGUCCUUCUAUCACGAUGCGUCCUUCUUCGUUUGCACUCGCGUCGCCAAGGCGUGAAGAUUCUCAAGUGAUGAUCUUGGUAGAAGGGGAGGAGAGGAGGAAAGUGUUGAAGAGGUACAUCGAAAACACGAACAUCAAGGUGGUCAUCCUCACUCAUCCGAGCAGCCUGUGCCAGGAGCUCGAGAAGAUAAGGACGAAGCUCGAGAUUUCUUCUCCUGCUGCAACAACCGUCGAUCAACGUCUAAGUCGCUCCGUCUCCAACAGUUCGGAUUCGGGAAGAAGGAACAACCUUAGGACGAUGACCAAGGGUACUUGGUGGUCCAGAUUCGUCCUGCUCGUGAUUGAUGUCAACUACCAUCACGACCUGCACGGCCGCCUGCUCGAGUUGAAGAGAGAGGGCGGCAACAAUGUCCUGUGGAAGAUCGUUUGGGUUCACGACCGGUUCAUGGUGCACGAUGGAGGCGAGCAGAGUCGACUGCUGCAGGAAACCCUAACCUCCGGUGGGGAUUACGUGGUGUACAAGCCAUUUCACGGGUCUCGAGUCAACGAGGUUUUGUCGCUACUUCCGGGAAGGAAUAAGGGCAUAUUGUCGCCCAUCAUCCCUCAUGGCAAUGCUGCCAUGUUGGCUCCUCCAACGACGGUACAGUACCAACGAAUUUCUUCCAAUAACUCAAACUGUUGCUGGACAAUCGAGCUGGGAGACCCUGCCAACUGCACGAUUUCCGAGUCGAUGUCGACCGUCCGUCAGGAGGCCGUUCUGGUCAACAGCAGUGACGUUGGUGAUCAUGAAGAGAUCAACAAGCAACCCUUGAAAGGGAAGAAGGUUUUGAUUGUGGAUGAUGUUUCUUGUUUGAAGACACUGCAUGGUCGAAUGAUGAGGAAGUUGGGAGCAAGUAGCGUUGAAGACUGCACCAACGGGAAAGAGGCUAUUGACAAAGUUUCAAGUGCAUUGAGAGAGCAAAGCAGGGAAGAAAAUGGUCUUCAGGAUUGGAUGCCUGAGAUGAAUGGGUACGAGGCAACGAGAUGGAUAAGGGCGGAGGAGGAGAGAACGGGGAAAGCAGGCAGGAUUCCGAUUGUGGCGAUAUCAGGACAUUCCUCGACAGAGGAAGUGAACAAGAGUCUGGAAGCUGGGAUGGACUUCCAUUUGACCAAGCCAUUAAAAGAGAAUGAGCUGUUGGAUGUUGUACGAAAGAUUAAUGUAAUGAGUCAUACUAGGCGGGAUUGA